ACUCAAGCCCCAUAUUUCAUCCUCUCACCCUGUUUUUGUCUUAGUCAAUACUAAAACCCAAAACCCUCUUUACAAUCUUCAACACUCAUCAACAUCCCUUUAAAUUUUAAAUUCAAAAGAAUUAUAUCAAUUCUAAACUUUUUUUUCCCUUAUUUUCUACGUUCUAGCUACUUCUUUUGUCUUUCUAAUCAUCUCUAUCAUUGCAUUACCCAAUUCUUAGCUGGAAUUUUCUCUACUACUAUCCCUCAUAUAAAUACUCCUUUCUCUCUUCAUUCUUUUCAUAUCUUCUACUUAUCUUUUACCAACAAUCUUCCCUUCUAAAAACAAAGUCCUAAUCCUCAAUUAACUUGAAAAACUAACCAACAUUUCCAAUAGAAAAUGGCUAAUCCCACAUUUCAUUUCUUCAUCUUAGCACCUCUUUUUCUAAUUUGUUCCCUUUCAAUUCGUAGUUCAGCUUCGGCGUUACCGCGUAAGCUAGCUCUUGUGCAACCUGAACCUCUUGUACUCAAAUACCAUAAUGGCCCCCUUCUUAAAGGUAAUCUUACAGUUAACCUCAUUUGGUACGGCAAGUUUACUCCCGUCCAACGCUCUAUAAUUGUUGACUUUAUUCAAUCACUUUCAUCUCGAGCGCAUGCAUCACAUCCGUCGGUUUCAUCAUGGUGGCAAAUUACUGGAGGGUAUAGGGGAGGACCCUGUACCAUUACUCUAGGGAAACAAUUUCUAGACCAAAGUUAUUCCCUAGGAAAGGCUUUAACUCCCUCUCAACUCCUCGUUUUGGCCUCUAAACUUCCUCAUAGGAAUGCAAUCAACGUCGUUUUGACGUCUGCUGAUGUGACCCCAGACAGGUUUUGCAUGAGCACGUGUGGUGCACAUGGGUUUGGUUUAGCGGGAAAACACAAAAAGAUUAAGUUUGCUUAUGCUUGGGUGGGUAACCCGGAAAAACAAUGUCCGGGUCAGUGUGCUUGGCCGUUUCAUCAGCCCAUGUACGGCCCACAAACACCUCCUCUUAUCGCUCCGAAUGGUGAUUUGGGUGUUGAUGGUAUGAUCAUGAAUUUGGCAACGGUGUUAGCUGGAGCGGUUACGAACCCGUUUGAUAGUGGAUAUUUUCAAGGUCCAGUGGAUGGUGGGUUGGAAGCGGUUUCUGCUUGUACGGGUAUAUUCGGGUCAGGUUCUUACCCGGGAUACCCGGGUCAGCUCCUAGCUGAUCGCUCUACAGGAGCAAGUUUUAAUGCAUAUGGGACACACGAGCGUAAGUAUUUGCUUCCCGCUAUGUGGGACCCGAAAACUUCGGCUUGUAAAACUCUUGUAUGAGCCGUUAUUGUCGAACACUUUGGUCUUUGGGCACACUAGUAUCUCUUUCAAAAACACAAAUAGUGUGUACAUAUUGUUAUUCUUGAGAAGCUAUUAAGUUUGUAGAGUCGUAUCAUUCAAGUAUGUUUUGAUGUGUAUUAGUACAUUGAUUAUUGUUUAAUCAUGAAGAAACAAAUUAAUUUUUUCCUAUAA